CCUGGAGUGGAUCAGGAGGUGGGAGGAUAAAAUACACCGUCAAAGGGAUCCUGCUUGAAAUGGGGCAAUGUGGAUUGCGGUGUUCCCGUUCCUUGUGAACCGCGGAAAAAGAGCAACCACGAGGACACAGGAACCAUUAGUAGAAGGAGGAGGCCGUGUGGGAGCGGCAGCUUUGGUGUGUGUAGAAAAGCUGGUAUGGGUGGAGGGGCAAUCGCGAUGGCGAAUGGGAACGAGAGCAGUGAAGGGCCUGCUGGGCCAAUAGCAGUGGUGGCUACCGCAGGAGGCUUGGUAGCAGAUAGCCCCUCCUCGGCUGUAUCUACCUAUAUUAAACUGGUGCUCCUCGGGCUGAUCAUCUGCAUCAGCCUGUUGGGCAACCUGGUGGUGUCUCUGCUCGUCCUGCGGGACCGGGCCCUGCACAAAGCACCUUACUACUUCCUGCUGGACCUGUGCCUGGCAGACACCAUUCGCUCUGCCAUCUGCUUCCCCUUUGUGCUGGUGUCUAUAAAGAACGGCUCGGCCUGGACCUACAGCGUGCUGAGCUGCAAGGUGGUGGCCUUCAUGGCGGUGCUCUUCUGCUUCCAUGCCGCAUUCAUGCUGUUCUGCAUCAGUGUAACACGCUACAUGGCCAUUGCACACCACCGCUUUUACUCGAAACGCAUGACAUUCUGGACUUGUGUGGCAGUGGUGUGCAUGGUGUGGACACUGUCCGUGGCAAUGGCGUUCCCACCAGUUUUUGAUGUGGGCACAUACAAAUUUAUUCGCGAGGAGGACCAGUGCAUCUUUGAGCAUCGCUACUUUAAGGCUAACGAUACACUAGGUUUCAUGCUAAUGCUGGCUGUGCUCAUUCUAGCCACACAUGUUGUCUACAUGAAGUUGCUCCUCUUUGAAUAUAAGCACCGCAAGAUGAAGCCGGUCCAGAUGGUGCCGGCCAUCAGUCAGAACUGGACCUUCCAUGGGCCGGGGGCUACUGGCCAAGCCGCAGCCAACUGGAUUGCAGGCUUUGGGAGGGGGCCGAUGCCGCCGACCCUGCUGGGUAUCCGACAGAACUUGCACAACCAGAACCGGCGCCUGCUGGGCAUGGAUGAAUUCAAAGUGGAGAAGCAACUUGGCAGGAUGUUCUAUGUGAUCACCCUGCUGUUCCUGGUGCUCUGGUCUCCAUACAUAGUAGCUUGCUAUUGGCGGGUGUUUGUGAAGGCCUGUACAAUACCACACCGGUACCUCUCCACCACAGUGUGGAUGAGUUUCGCCCAAGCCGGGGUCAACCCUAUUGUCUGUUUCUUCCUCAACAAAGACUUGAAGAAAGGGCUCCUUUCCCACCUACCAGCCUGCUGCAGGACUAAACCUCAUUUGCCACGAGAGCCUUAUUGUGUCAUGUGAUCAGAGAGGAUGAUCUAAACAGAGAGGAAACACAGGGAAGCCAACAGUGUUUAGUGUUUGCUUGAACUGUUUCUGCAUUUCAAUACAAUAGAAGCUAUUUUUAAGCAGUGGUUGCAAACUAGUAAGUGUGAUGAUAACACUGGAAUGGUUAGCAUGUAUUUCAUUCGUCCAACCCUUUUUUUCUCUCAAAACCACCUCAUAAAUGGAGUCAGACUUUGACUUUUGAUAAUAAGAAACACAGUACUUUAAUAAUAAAACAUGCAAGUGAUAAUGCAGUCAUUAUGGAAACCAAGUCAGACAAACACCCAACAAAUUACACAAGCUGCUUCAAAAAGAAUAGCAAAUUAGAAACAUCUAGGGUUGAUUCAAAGGAUAGGAAGAUUCCUACAGGGGACAAAGAUAAUAAAGAAUAAAUGUUUGUACCUCAAUUGAAAUGUCACUUACGUGCUUGAUUAGUAAGCAAAUCCUUUUGUAUAGUGACAGUGAAGAGGAACAGUUCAUAUCAGCAACAUUAUGUCACAUUCUGGCCAGAAAAUAGAAAAAUAAAAUAAUUUAAAAGUAGGGGGAUCACUGCAUUCCUGCAGUCCGCAGAGGCAGCCUCACGGAGUCAGAGGGCGGAGAGAUGGGUUGAACUGAUCUCACGAUUGUAAUUAAUUAUUAAUACUUCCAUGAAAGCUCUUUACUGAACAGGAAACUGAGGCAAACACAUGAGUGACAGGAACACCAGCUCUAAGGCCAGGAUGAUGUGUUUACUUCCUUACUGAUUAAGACAGAAGUUAUCCAUGCUAUGACUUAUCAAGGUGUCACUAAUUGAAUUAACAAACACAAACUAAGGUGACUGACAAAUCUUCCUUCUGAUACACAUUAUUAUUAUUUAGAUCUGUGCAUGGCUAUGAGUCAAGAGAGAGGUAGUGAUCAUCUGCAAAAAUUAACAGCAGCUUGUUAAAGUGUUAGCACCGCGCCCAGCUGCAUAAAAGGCUUCUCUUAGCCCAGAGCAGAUUUUUGUUAUAAACAACACAGUACCUUUGGUGUCCGGUAGACAGGGCCAUGCUGAGAGUGCUGGUGUCCAGCAGCAGUCCCUCGGCUUUGGUGUCUUAAUACGCCUAGUUUAUCAGAACAGCUUGUUUCUGAAGCAUGGGAUUCACCUGUGAAUGUAUGUAAAUGUCUGUAUUGUGGACCAUUGAAUUGAAAUUCAUUUUUAAUUCAUAAUAUUUCAUAAUAACUUUGUGUUCAUGUACAUGGCAAAGCUUUUUUUCUUGUUUGUCUCUGUCACUUCUCUGAAGGAGUGCUUAAGCAGUUAUUCGCCACUCAGUACUAAUAUCAGAAGAGUGCGGCCAUGUCUUCAUUACCAUGCUGGCCCUGCAACAUGAAAACAUUUGUAUUUACGUAUGUUGAUAGACUGUGUGUAGACCGUUUUCUAAGCCCAUCAAAUUAACAUGUGAAGUUCCAAAACACUGAACGAAAUGCAAAAGAUUCAGGAACAAUUAUUAUUGUUAUUAUUAUCAGCCAGAGAAAAAGGAGCUGCACUGGGAGGAGGAGAGAUGACAGACAGCAGGAAUACACUGACAGGUGAGCCUGAUUUCUUUAUGAUACCCCUUGAGGACACAUCCUUUACACCUGUCACACCUGAGAACAGCUCAAUGAAGUCCUGAGCUGUAGCUAUGCUCUGGUCCCUGCAUAGCUCUCAUCAUGUUCUGUUUAAAAUACAGUCGAUAUCAGAGACAGGAGCUCUAGGCAACUGCAAGAAAGGGGUGGGGGUCCUAAACACUAUAUGGACUCUCCCUGUUCACAUAUAGUCUAGCCAAUAUUAAUCUUUUGUCAUUACAGCAGGCUCUAUCACACAUUGGUUUUGCUGCUUCACCCAUUCAGAGCAGCCAACAAUGGGUGCUGCACAUUCAGCUAGGACUGAUUAUGGGAAGGCACUCAAUCCAAAUUCUGAAUCCUAUAAAUGUCAUAUACUUACCUUUUAGAAUCAACAUUAUGAAAUUAAGUCUGAAUUUAUAGUUACUUUAUACAAAUUAAGUAAAACUCCAAACAAUAGAAACUUUGAUUCCACACGUGAGGACAGAGAUCCACGGACCUGAGGUAAAAAACCACUAGAAAGAACGCAGGUCAUGAACCAAAAUCUGGUACUUUGGUAACACUAAAAACCACACCGCUCACAGCCAACAUACAGCACAACAUGUUUUAUUAGCUCAUAAGACUACAAGAUGCAUCUGAAUCAACAUCCGCCUGGUUUUGUUUGAUGGCACAGUGGGGCCAAAGUCUCAUUAAGCAUACAUCUUCAUCACUUCACACAGGACUGAAGUUAGAGGGUGCAGUAGAAGAGACAUCUGCUUUAUUUGAGUACAAAUCUAAAAAUGGAUAAAUGUGCUUUUUUCCUGUUUCUUUCUGAAAUGAACUGUAAGAUGGGUAGAAAUGGAAGGGGAGGACAGGGCACAUAGAAUGACCUUUUUUAGUGAAUGUCUGAAAGCAUGACAUUGUCCUUAAGAUUGAGGGAAUAUUGUAUUAGGGGUUUGUGGUGCCCCUUGUUCUCUGCCGUGGCAUAUCUUACAGCCCCAACAACAGCAUGCUGCAGAGAAACGCUUAUCUUCCUUUUAUCUUUUCUGAAUGAUGGCCUUACUCCGUUAAAAAAAUGUCACACCAAUGGAACAAAGAGUAGACAAACGUGUCUCCUCUGUCUGCACUACAAUCAGGAGGGGGCAGAACACUGUGUACACCGGAGACAUCAGGAGACUUGUUGCUCUCCCCAUCAGACCUGGCCCGUCAGGGACCAGGACCAUGACGGCGCGGGGGGGGAGAAUGAUGAUCUGAGUGACCCCUACUCCGGAAUUCUGUGGGAUUUUGUUGAAUGAAGUAAAAACAUUGAGUCUGUCUAUUUUCCUUUCUGAGACUAAGCUUUUUGAGUUGCGUCAGGCAGAUUCUCUUUGGUAAAUGUACAGUGACCUCUGUAUUGUUAGUGUGUAUUAUAAUGACAGCUAAUCAACUCUGAAAUGCAACAGAACAGUUCCUGAUCACCAGAUGUGUACUGUGUGUGUGUUUGUGUGUUUCUAUUGGCAGGACUGAUUGUGUGUGUAAGAUGAUGGUUACAUGAAUGGAAGAAGAACUAAGAGGGAACACUGACCAGAUACAUUUUGCAUUUCAAUGACAUAAUUCCUGCUAAAGCUUCUUUAGUAUUCUUCAUGUGGGCCUUCUCCAAGGGAUAGGCUUUUGUUUUAAAAGCAAUGAAGUUGACUUUAAGUCCCUUAUGUCAUAAAUCAAUUAUUAACUUAAUAUCAUUUUUUAUAUAUAUUUAGAGAUAAUGAAGAAAAAAAAGCUUGACAUAAAUCACAUAAAUGUGAUUGCAUACACUGGUCUAUUUAUGAAUGUUUAAUUGAAGAGUGAAUUAAAAGAAAGCGUCUUAAACCACCAAUAAUAUUGAUCAACCAAGAAUUGUACAAACCCCUGGCAGUUUGUCUAUGACAUCAAAUCAGCACUAACAAAGUGUUCUUGAACCUUCAGAAGGUUCUGCUUGGUCACCUCCAUCAGUACUGCUAAUGGUGAGAUGUGCUAACACAGUGACCUCCAGAGGUGGGAGAAGUACUCAGAUCUUGUACCUGAGUAAAAGUAGAUGUACCAGAGUGUAGGAAU